UUCAUCCAUUGUUGCAUUGCAGAGGACAGACUCACAAACACAGAGACAACAUGAAAGCUGCUGCAGCCUUCUUGCUGGUGCUGGGUUGCCUGGCAGUCAGUCAUGCAUGGAGAUGCACCGAGGGUCCGCGGCUGAAUUACGCCAGACAGGUUGACGCUGGAAUGGGAAUGGUGGUUGGAACAGACAUUUACAAGCGGGCCUAUUUCCUGAGUGGACGGUCCUGGUACAGACUUGGCACUACCGCCCUCAAGCAUGUCUCAGUGGGACCUGCAGGAACGUGGGGAACUGACGCCGCAAACAGGGUCCACAAAUUGGUCGCUGGAAACUUUGGACGAGCCUCUGGUCUGACCAUGCAGCAGGUAGAUGCUGGUGGUGCUGGGCAGGUCGUCGGAUCAAGGCCCUCCAACUUUCUUGCCUACUGUCUGAGAGAGGUUUAUGCUUCCCGGUACUAUGGAGCCGGUGGUCUCGGCUGGUCUUACCAAUCAAGAAGGCUGAAGUACAUCAGCUGUGGCCCACUGUACGGAUGCUGGGGCGUUGACACAACUUCCCGUGUUUAUUUCUCUAGGGGACCGACAUCAUCCUGCACAAACAGAGGCUGGAGUGCCGUGUCAGGGACAGGAAUGAAAAUGGUUGAAGUGGGGACAGACGGAAGCGUUUUUGCAGUGACUACAAGGGGCCAGCUCUACCAAAGAGUUGGCAUCAGCGCACGUCGCCCACAAGGCACAACUUGGCGUUUAAUCCCGAUGUGCAUGACCGUCCAGCACGUGUCCUAUGACCUGCGCCAGCUCUGGGUCGUCACCACCUCUCGCUUGCUCAUGAAAUGCGUCCACUAAUGUCAUGAGUGUGGCAGAUGAUAGAUGAGCACCAAUCACUGUUUGUCUCGGCUAUCAUCCGUUUACAAGUCUUUCUUUUCUUCAGAUGAUUUGAUUUUUUUCCCGAAAUAUACAAAUCUGUGGUGUAAGUUCUUAUUUUUCUUAAAUAUAUUGUGGUUCUUUCUUAAAGGAUUCAGCAUCACUGCACACAAUC